UUUAAUGAAUUUUCAUAAAAUUUCAUCAUUUUUCAAUUUAAAAACUAUUAAAAACUAAUAAAAAAUUAAAAACGAACAAAAUUUAAUUAAAAAUCAUGAACAUCCAAAAGUAUUUCUGCUGUUUUGAGGACUUAAAAUUAUGGACCGGAAAUGAUAAAAAUGUUGAUUCUCAUGAAGAAAAUUUACAAAAACUUCGAAAAACCCUUCCAGAUGACGUUCACGAUACGGAAAAUAGUUCAACUUUUACCUAUGCAAGCUCAUUAUUUGAAUCCGUGAUACGAAUUGUGACAAAUUUCAAUCUCGAUACAUUAGAUGAGAGCAAAGAACAACUCAUAAGUGUCAAUAACUUCAAUUUGCUCAUAAAAAUUAUCCAAGAAGCAGUUUAUUAUGGCAUUAAUCCGUACUUACCUGAGUUUUUCGUGCUCAAAAUGCAAAUUUCUGUUCCAAAAAGUACAAAAGUUGAAUCAAAAUUGUCAGAAGAAGUCAAACUGGAACGCCUGAAACACUCAACAAGUGCUUUGAAGAUCAUUUUCAGUGCGAAACGGAUUCAAGCUUGUUCAUCUUUGGAAAUUUCUUUGAUAGAACUUUUAUAUUGCCUUUUUCAUCUUGAAUCCAAAGGAAUUUCUUUGUUGGAUAAAGGAGCUGCUUUGAAAGGAAUUUAUGCGAACUCCAUGCUUUUGUGUCAUCAGCUAAUGUUGCUCAAAGGACUUCCCGGAAUGCCCAAAGAUAUUUGUUUGAUGCUCCAUAAAGCACUUUUGAUCCAAUUGAUGGAAAAAGGAGGCUUUGAGAUACUCGCGAGACUCUUGAUGACUCAAGCUGGAGGCAAAAAAGGAAGCAGCGAAUGGCAAUUGUACGAAAUUAUCAGCAAUAUUGUCGCUUUUAAGGGACACAAGAAGGAUUUUCAUGAAAAUAUGCUUUGCCAAGUGACGGAUUUCUUGAAAUCCUGUGUUGGAGUCCCGGAUUUGAAGAGUUUCGUGCCUCUUUGUGUCACUUGUUUGAUGAAAUUUGCAAGUCUCAAUGAGGAGUUGGAGAAAAAAGUUGCAGAAAAGUUACUUUUAUGGCUUGAAAAGUUAAUUGAACCUGAAGAAACUCUCGCAGGAACGAUUUUGAUGAGUGAAACAGACUUCAAUGAUGAACUUUUGUUACUGAAUUCGUGUUUUUCGAAGAGUACGAUAAAUGUAUUGCCAUCUAAGAUGCUGCUUCCUUAUUACAAAGUCCUGUUUAAGCUUCAUUUCUUGUUAGAAGAUCCUCAAAAGUCAAUUUUAACGCCGAUUUUGACAAAUUUCAUCAAUAAUCGUGAAUCUUCUGAACUGAAAUCGAUCAUUAAAGGCAUUUUAUUUGAUGAAGAUGAACAAAGAAAAGCUCCGUUUGACAGAAUUUCCGUUAAAAAGUCAUCUGAAGGCGUUUCUCUCAUCAUUUGUGCUCAAGAUGAAGUCCCUUACGUCGAUAUCGCAUCGAAUUUCAGUCAAUUUUUGAUUUCUUCGAAAAAUAUGUUGCUUGUGAACGACGUUUUCAUCCAUCUUUUGGAGAUUUUGGGCGCUGAGAUUUCAAUUAAUGAGAAAAAUCCUUCAAAAGGCGAUUUAUUGUUCGAAGACGACACCGAAAUCGGUCAAUUAUUGUCCUCAAAGUUCAUGAAACGCCUCGUUUUGAUCGAAGUUCUUCAAACUCUCAUCAAUUGUAAACAAUUUCAGGCUCACAUCAACAACGAUCCUCGUAAAUUAUUGAAUUUCGUGAAGGAAAUGCUCUCGAAUGAGAUGAAAAAUGUCAAAAAAUCAACCGAAAAUCAAGAAAUCACGAUGUUACUGUUGACGAUCUUCAAAGAACUCCUGAAUUGCGUUCGAAACAAACAAAUCGAAGCAGAAAUGAUGAAAUUUUUGAAGGAAAUUGAACGUUCAGCUCAUUCAAAUCCUGAAAUCACGUCACAUCUCAGUGCGUUAUUCUCGGAUUUGGGUCUUGAAAAGAAAAAUUCAACAGAAUCUCAAUAUCAAGCAGCUAUGGAGCUCCUUAAUUCGCCUGAAGUUUACUUAAAAGUCUAUGGAAUCCAAAAUUUUAUCAAGCUAAUUAACGAAAAAGAUGCUGAAGCGAUCGCUAAUAAGCAUAUUUUGCUCGUACUUGCAUUAAAAAACCUCAAAAUCGAAGAAAGUUAUGCUUAUUUGAACGUAAUUCGAUUAAUUCUUGCUUUAACGAACAUCAUGGAGUCAGAAGUAAUCGAAGCGUUAAUUGCUGAAUUUGAAAAUAACGAAUUGGAUGUCGAUUUUAGGAUGAAAAUUGGAGAAACGACAGUUAAAAUUGCCGAAGCUCUUGGUCCAAUCACGUAUAAAUACAGAAAAGAGCUUGUGAAUUGCUUUUUACGAGGAGCAACAAGCGAAAAACCUGAGUUACGAGCUUCGAGUUUGUCGAAUAUGGGCAGUAUUUGUCGAAUUUUGACGUAUCAAGUUGCAAAUUUCUUCCAAGAGAUUCUGUUGAUAAUUCAUCAAACUCUUCAAACGGAAACAUUCCUUCCAGCACGGAGAUCAGCAGUUAUGAUACUUUCUGACUUUCUCAAAGGCAUGCAGAAGCUCAUCGACUAUCAAGAAUGCCUUUUGCCAAUAUAUCGCACUUUAAAAUACGUUCUUCAGACAGAAACUGACGAAGUUACAAGAAUUCACGCUGCUUUAAGCAUCGAAACUUUGAAUGAAAAGGUCAAGGAAAUGCUUGUCGGAGAAUUUUUUCAUCCUGAAAUCCAAAUUAACGUUAAAAAUGUCGCUGAAAAGAAACAAAUUGACGUUAAAUAUAAGUGAAAAACUUUUUUUUUACAUAAUUUUU